GGCGUAGGACGUCUGACUAGGGCUCAGUACUGCAUUCCACUUACAACCGUCUAGCGUGAUGGACCGCUUCUUGUUAAUUCUCGCUUCAGUAAUGGCACUAAGUGGGAACAACACCGCGUUGACGAACACCACGUCGACGAACACCACGUCGACGAACACCACGUCGACAUACACCACCAUGUCGACGUAUACCACCAUGUCGACGACCACCAGGUCGAUGACCACCAUGUCGACGAACACCACGCCGACGACCACCAGGUCGAUGACCACCAUGUCGACGGACACCACGUCGACGACCACCAUGUCGACGAACACCACGCCGACGACCACCAGGUCGAUGAGCACUACGUUGACGAACACCACAGCGACAUUCCUGCAGUGUCAGAACGGUGGUCGUGAAACGAACGGGUUCUGCCUCUGCCCCGAUGAUUUCACUGGAAACUUCUGUCAGUUAUCAAGCCUCUGUCCUAAAUCACGUGUUUCUGGCUUCACGUUUCCAAAGACGCUUAUUGGACAAGCAGGUUACUCAAUCGAGCAAUGCAGUCAAGGAACCCUGAACGCCGGAUUUCCGAUGGCCACAGCUUUGUGUCUGAAUAACACUUUCAAUUUUAGUACACCUCAACGGCUGGACUGUGAACAGACCCUUAUUACCAUCAAUAACAAUCUUUCAGAUGAUCCUCCUAAAGCCAUGGAGCUGGCCUCCAGGACCCAAAUCCUCACAUCCAAACCAGACAAGCUAACUGUGCAAGACAUUAAUGCUGCUGCAAACAUAGUCAACAGACUGCUCUCAAAAAGUAACAGCGAGGAAAAUAAUCAGAAUGUCUUCGUUGCAGCGGUCACCACAGUCAGCCAGAUUCUUACUGCUAGCACGAAGCAGUUCGACCACAUCACUACGGAUUCCAUCACCAAACUCACGAAAACAUUGCAGGAAUUUUCCCUGAAGUGGGAUAAAGGAUCACCGCUCGUACAGCCGAACAUCGCCAUACAGUCGAUCAAAGUGACCCAAAGUUUAAAAAUCCAAAUGACUGUUUUUUCAGCUUUAAAUAAUGGAAACCAAGGAAAUGUACCUUCGGGAGAUUCGUCCGACACCUUGUCAGCCAACAGGAUAAAGAUAAACAACGCCUCAGUUUCUCCUAGUGACCAGUUUCCCAUCGAUGUCGAGAUGGACGUCAACCUUAAAGAAGCUACAAACACGAAACAAGAAGGCACCGAUAUUGGCUUCGUGCUGUACAAUAACGAUCAGUUCUUCAGAUCCAAGGUCUACCAACCGUCACUGAACAUCAACAGAAAAGUGAUCACUGCAUCCCUGAAGGGGGAAAAUGUCCUUGACUUUGUUAACUUCACUAUGAAGGCCCAGAAAGUGUCUUCUGUGAGUUUCUACGAUUUCGCGUGUGUGAUUUGGGAAGAUAACAAGCAAGACUGGGAUACAAAGAGCUGCAAGAAAAUCUGGAGUUCAGCUCAUCCGUGGUGCAAAUGUGAAGGCAAAGCACAGUUUGCCAACUUUGCCAUGUUAAUGAGUUUCCGCUCAAACCCUGAAAUAGCCGAGGCUUUAGGCAUUAUCGACCUAAUCGGAUGUUCUCUGUCUGUCGUGUGUUUGACCAUCACGAUGAUGUUCCAGAUCCUGACCAGAAAGUCAAGAAGAUCCAGUCCUACCGUCCUGAUGGUCAGCAUCUGUGUGUGUAUGACCAUCGUCUACCUCCUCUUCAUCUUCGGCAUUAAUAACUCGUACCUCAGCUCCGGUGCUGCUAUUUCGACAGAGAACAUCAUUCCUCCGGUUGAUUUCCAUCAAGAUCCAGACUUUGGGACGUGUACAGUGGUGACCGUUCUCCUCCACUACUUCCUGUUAGCAGCGUUCACCUGGAGCAUGCUGUACUCCGUGCACAUCUUCCUCCUGAUCAAAAAUACCAUCUCGGGGCCGCCACAAUACUUCAGUGUCUUAUCCAUGGUAGUGGGUUGGGGUCUUCCUGCGGUGGUGGUCGGAAUCUCUUUAGGGAUCACGUACCGGAUCGAAAACCCCUUAAACUACAGACAGGAGGCGCUCUGUUGGCUGGCUGUCCUGGAUCAGAAUAACAGAUUUGAUGGGACGAAACCCAUGCUGUGGAGUUUCCUGCUCCCUGUCGCUGUAAUGCUCCUCUUUAACAUCACAGUAUUCUUUUACUUCUCAUACGCCACCUGCAAGAUCAACCCUGACCUCAACAGUUCACAGGUCACUCCUCUACGGAAUAAAAUGCUCAGCUGCACCUCCAUGGCCGUGGUGCUCGGCCUGUCCUGGGUCAUCGGCUACUUCAUGCUCCUGGAAACAACACCCAUCACGCACACCAUCCUCAGCUUCGCCUUCUGUCUCUUUAACACUACGCAGGGCAUCCAGAUCUUCGUGUUGUUCACCUUAAGAACGCCAAUCUUUAAGAACAAAGCCCUUGCUCUUUUCAAGCUCAUCCCGAUUCCUGUUCUGGCCAGACAUAGAGAAUCAUUCGAUCUGUGGGUCAUAGAAGCAGCUGAUCAGGAAGAGAGCUACAGAUCCGUUGACUUGGACCGGGACAAUGUAUAGCGUUGAGAAAAUGGAAAGAAACGAGUGUAAAUAGAACCGUGGCAUGGUUGUUGCUGGUUUGAGGAUCUUAGAAACUGUACAUCUCCACAGCAUGGUGCAAAAAACAACAAAAACCUGAGCGUUCUGAGGAAAAUAAGCACUCUUUACAACCGUGCUGAGCAGAAAAGCAUCUCAACAGGUCAGCCAGGAACAGGAAUCUGAGGCUACUUAACUGCCUCUAAUUACAAGUUAUAUCAGUACACAAAAGGAAGACAUUACUGUUUGAACAUGUUUAUUCCACACUGCUGAAAAUCUGCCAAUCAGUUCGGCUUGCUUAUUUAUUUAUUUAUUUAUUU